GCGGGGACUUCGACUCAUCCCUCCUUCUUUCCUUCUCUCCACUCCUUUCUGGCUGACGACCCCCCUCCGCCCUCGGUCUUUUUUCCUUUUCCCUUCCGGUCUCUCUUUCUUUUCUUUUUUUUUCUCCAUUCUCCAUUUCCUUUCCCCUCUGAGAUCAAGCAAGCAAUCAAUCAAUCAAUCCACCAAUCGUUGCUUUUCUCCCACUCGUCCAUUCCAUACCUGACACCCGACUCUUCCCGCAGCAGUGACACCCGUGUGGCUGCUUCCAUUGCCUGGUCCCCUUGCGUAUCCUUUUUCCCCUUCUCUCCCUAGCGUCAUGCCGACCUCCAACUCUUCGCCCGUCAAGCGCCCCGGGCUGGGCCGCCGUGCGGUCUCCUCACACGCCGUUGUCACGCGCUCCUCGCAACAACAAAACGACCUGGCCAACUCGCACUCCUCCCACCAGAAACUCCCUCUUCGUCCUCAUCGUCCGCACGUCGUCGGUGGUCAUCGGAACCAUCACCGCAACCCUUCCCACGGCAAGAAUCUCGCCAAAUUUCAGCGUCAUACCUCUCAUACCUCGGUUCAACAUCUCCCGGAAACUACGACGACGACCGGUCGCUACCACCAACGCAAGAAGUCCGCUCCUGCUACGCCCGCUACCAGCCCCCGUGGUACACAUCACGUCCGGUGGGAUGGGGUGGUGGAUAGUCAUCCUACCACGGCUUCGAUGAAGAAGAAUAACUCCAGCCCCGCUCUUCGACGAAAUAACUCCGGCGGUGUUGUCGGCAAGAAGGCCCUGGUGACGUCUCGCCCCAACUCCAGCUCCGGCAAGAAGAAGACAGUAGGUUUCGAGCUGGCGGACUCCGACAACGACGACGGCGACUGGGAGGAUACCACUCAGUCGCCAGAGAGCACUCGACGGAGCUCGGUUGCACAGUCCAAGGAGAGCGUGGAGAACACUGCAGUGCUGGUGGAUCCUCUUACCUUUGUUAAACGCCCCUACCCACAAUUCCCUCGAGCGACCAGCCUUCCGGAGUCAACCAGUAAGAGUUUUGGGGAAGGUCACUCGCCCGACGAAGACGACGACGGCGAAGACUCUGACAGCAAAACAACACGCCCCUCUCAAGAUACCGAAGAGCAAGAAGACGCCGCUGGCCGCAUACCCGACCACGCCGACAUCGCCAAUCGUUUGUUGAGCCCGUCUCACUCCGCCAAAGCUCCGCCCGCCAUGUCUUCCAUCUCCGCCACGGUGAAGCCGACCGCCGUCGACUCCAUCUCUCGUAAUACUUCUCUAACCAACAUCGCGACCGGUCCGGACGGCCUCCGACGCCCUCUCUCAUCCUCGAACCCCCCUUUAGCCAAUACGCCGGGAACCCCAGCUCAGGCCACCUCGUCUUCGAUCGAAGGUGGUGUUUCCAGGUUCAUCAAGACCGGUUUUCCCGCCUCGCUCCGCACGGACUCAGACCCCAAUACUCCCUCCUCGUUCUUACCUCAUUACCACCCGCAAACGCCUCCGUCGCCGAACCGUGCUUCCAGCUCGAGAAGAUCCCGAGCGUCUCCCCCGACUCGCCCCCCAGGUACUGAACCACCUUCCCGCACUCAACAGAAGCUAUGGCUGCAGCGGACGGCGGCUCUCAACACCUCCCCUCCCGAUGCUCAUGGCGUCUCCACCACCGUCUCGCCAUCUACGAUGGACCCGAACUACAUUGCUGCGCGCCCAGGUGCCAGUCCGUUUGACCCCGGGCGCGCCCUCGUCAAUGGAUCUGCUCGAUCCGGCGGAGUGGUCCAUGACAACGAGACUAAGCACAUCCGCAAAGCGUACGAGAAGAUGUCGCUGGAGCUGACGGUAGUCCGACGGUUCCAGUCCCCCACGGGAGACAGUUUCCGCCGGCUGAAUUUCAUCCUCAACGAUAUGAACGGCGCCAAUCUCGGUCAUCAGCGACACUCUUCACUUGGUAAACCGAUCAAGUCUGCACCCGCCUUGACGCAUCUGCAAGACGGUAAGCAGCAGAAGUCCGGUCAGAACAGUCCCAGUCCGGAACCCAGACAACUUGUGGGUCGGCGACAGCCCGCUAUACGUACCUCCGUCUCACAAACCUACCUCCAAGAUCCCGAGGCGCUGGUAAACGACACCGCCGAGGCGAGCCAAUCUGCGAAGUCGCAGCCGCACCCCUCUCACCGCAUUCUCUCCACGUCUGACGAAACCGCUCAGAACAAUCCUGCGGGCGAAGAAGAGUCCGAAGAAGUGCCACCGCCCUACAUGAACGACGAGACCGAAAUGAUGAUCCGUCGCAUGUGGGAUAGUCGUGAAGUGGCCGAGUCCGGCUAGGUGGUUUCUCUUUUACCUGUACACUACAUUGUUGCAAGCCAACGUAUUUGAUUCUUUUGUUCCUUGUCUUUUCGCUCCUGCGUGUUCCUCUGUUCUAGCAAUCCCGGCGUUUCGAUACCGCAACCUGCAUUUAAUUCUUUUGUUUAGCGUACGAGGUCGUUCUGGCGUUAUCUUUAUUUUCGGUUUUCGGUUCUUUACAUUCUUAACUGUCCUUAAUUCUCUUCAUGGUGCUAAUUAUGGCAAAAUAUCGACCAUGACCGUUCUGCGCUUUAUAUUUCUUGGGACCCCCGACAGAACUGUCUCCAUCUUAUGUUUAUUCUGAGGGUCUGGUUCAUUGGCUUUAUUCCUUUUCGUUCUUUCUCGUCAGAUAUUUGCUUGCUCUUUACAUACCAGUAUAGAUAGGUACCUACUUCUACCUCUUUUUAAUAGUGUAAUUAAUUAACUUCUUUCUGACUUGAUGCGAUGAAUGAAUUUGAUCGAACCUGAG